UGGCAAAGGAAGCCUCAUCAGCGCCCAGAAUCACUGACCGUUUUUGCAGCCUUGGCCUCAUGUGGCUCAUGUGGCUCAGACGCGCUUUCGCGGAGCAAUAGCUGGGUGCUCCCUUUGGAGAGGGAGAUCGUUGGGUCCAGGCCCUUGAGUCGGAUGAGGCGGAACCGCGUCGUCCCAGAUGAGGACUCGCCUAUUGCGCAGAUGGCGCUGCCAGAAGGGCAGCCGCCAGCGCCCUUGAAGACCUCGUUCUCGCUGCCCACGGAGACUUUGCCCGGUAGCGUGCCAACGAGGCAAGAAAUGGAGCCCGACGAGGACAAAGAGGGACUGUUGGAGGGCCUCCAGGGCUUCCGUGCCUCAAUGGCCGGCAUGCAGACAGAGCUGAUGCGCAGGCUGGACAUGGAGUUGAAGAAGGUGGAGAGACGAGCCUCGAGCCGGCUGAAGUCACAGGCGAAAAAACAGGUGCAGCUUCCGAAGCUUGCUUGCGAGAUGCGUGAUGAUACCCCGGGCGACCUGCAGAGUGUUGCUGAAGCUCUUGGGCGUUCUCAGGAGUCAGCGGAUAGUCCUGACACUUGCAUGGCACCUGAUAGUUUUGGCAAUUCUCCGGCGCUUGAUAGUUGUACUCCUAGCGUGACCGUGGUAUCUGAGAAUUGUCUUAAUGGGUCCCGUUCUGUGGCACGUGAUACUUAUACUCAUAGCAUUUCUGUGGUGUCUGAGAGUGCUCCUGGCCUUUCUGUGGUGCCAUCAAGCAGCAUCAAUCGCAGCUCCACGGAUGUUUCGCAUCACCUGCCCUCACUGCAGCGCAAGCGCAGGAAGCGCAUGACCUGGAUCAACAAGAGCGCCCGUCAGACUGUGAAGGAGCAGGAGUUAGAAGAAGGUGAUGACCCGGACGCUCCUCAGGUGCAAAGGAGGCUAUCGACUGACAAGUUGCCUAGAGUGGGCUUCUUUCCGCAGUUGCACUCGCAGGCGUCGUGCGAAUGUCUUCAGAAGGAGAAGGACGAGAGCAUGCGGCGAAAGAACAUUUGCUGGCGGAUCGUUAAGAAUCCCAACUUUGAUCGCCUCACGAUGCUCAUCAUCUUUCUGAAUGCUGUCACACUAGCUAUUAGUGCCGAGCAAGAUGAAGUUGUCGCACGCGGAUCAUUCCUCGUCAUCGCAGACAACGUGUUUUGCAUGUAUUUCCUGGUGGAGUUGGCGAUCAGAUGUGCGACCUAUGUGCGCACCCUGUUUGCCUUCCAGGAUAUGGCCUUCACCUUUGAUUUCCUUCUGCUCGUACUUAUGAUCUGGGAGACCUGGGUUAUGCCCAUCGUAUCGACCAUUUUCGACCAGUCUGCAGACGUGCUGCAAUCCUCCGGUGCGCUGCGCUUGGCACGUAUUCUACGGGUACUGCGGACAGCGCGGAUGGCGAGACUUGUGCGGCAAAUGCCAGAGCUGAUGAUUCUCAUCAAAGGAAUGAUGUUGGCGUGCCGCUCAGUAUUCUUCACCCUGCUGCUUCUUCUCAUCAUUACCUUCACCUUCGCCAUCGCCUUUGUAGAGCUCAGUCACGACACAGCGCUGAAGCCCAUCUUCUUCUCAUCCACUGCCGCAUCAAUUUACACGCUGAUCCUGCAAUGCAUUUUCCCAGACCAGCAGGUGUUUGUUACGACACUGGCGUCAGAAAGCGUGUUCAUGGGGGUCUUGGUCUUGCUCUUCAUUCUGCUGGGAUCUUUGACAAUCAUGAACAUGCUUUUGGGAGUUCUGGUGGAGGCGGUGAAAACCGUUUCGACCAUGGAGAGAGAGCAGCUGAUCGCCGACUUCGCGAAGAAUGUGCUGUGGAAAAUGAUCAGGACAGAUGAGGAUCAAGAUCAGGAUGGCGACCGAAUGAUCUCGGAAGAGGAAUUCACGUUGCUUUUCACCAAGCCUGAUGCCCUGAAAGCGCUGGGCAAGCUGGGUGUCGACCCCACAGUUGCCCUGGAGUACGGCAAGCUUCUCUUCGAAGACGGUGAAAUAGUCACCUUCACCGAGUUCAUGCAUGCAAUGCUGACUCUGCGUGGUUCCAACACCACCACAGUGAAGGACGUGGUGGAGCUUCGAAAGUUUGUGGGGGAGGAAUUCUUGCAGCUGCAGAACCUGGUAGGGGAGCUUUGCAGCUUUAUCGCCGAGGAGAUGAAUGUGCCCCCAAGGCUGGGCAAAGAGGCGCAAGCUGUCAGCAAGAGAUCCCUCAAGCCUGGGCAGGAUUUCCGCCCUACAGGAACCCGCUAGCACACAUGUAUGACAUGGGUCCAUUGGUCCAUGGUAAGGACGAUUGAGCCUAAUGGAUGCUGCAAGCUGAAGAUUUGGCAGAGAGCUCCGAGGUUUCUUCCGCAAAGCCACGUUAUUGUCCGUCCGCACAACGAUUUGGAGAGUCAAAAUCCGUUUGUGCUUUACAAAGCGAGUGUUGGCCGGCUCGGAGUGCGUGCUCGCACACUCUGGGCCGUAUGCACACACUUGUCUCCAGGUCUGUGCCUGCUUCAUGCAGGAUUUGCCUUUGACCACCUUAUUGAGAACACAGGUCCAAAGGUAAGCCCUGUUUGCGUGCACAUUGAGCCGGCACUUGGCACAGGCGUUUGGCCAUGUAUGGCCAAAGCGAGUGUACGCGCUUCAAGGCUGCGAUGGCUGCCUGCUUUAUGAGUGUUUGAAGCAUUUGAGCUGCAUGGGCAAGGGCAGCCCAUUGCCAACUAACACGCCUCGCUUUGUUUCUAUCUCACGCCCCAA